UCGGUGUGUGUGAUGGAACAGGUCACAAAGUGGGCUGCUUAACUCCAAAAGAAAGAGAGCCGUAAAAGUGAAGGUACUCAGCUAAUCAUGUUUGGUUAAUGAUUGAUGUUAAGAGAAAUGCCAAAGCGAAGUACAUUUAAGUUGUGGAAAAAUGGGACUAACUGAUGAUACUGGAAAGCGGUGCCCUCUUCUGCCUUGCCCAAUUCCCAACAUAACGAAUACCAGCAUGCACAUGAUGCAGCAGCAGCAGCAGCAGCAGCAGAUGGUUGAUCAUGCAUCUACUUAUACCAUGGAUGAGGCACUGCUGCCCAUGGGCUUCGGCAAGUUCCAAGCUUUUUUGCUUGCUUAUUCAGGGAUGGGAUGGAUUUCUGAAGCCAUGGAGAUGAUGCUACUGUCAUUUGUAGGGCCAUCUGUUCAAGAGAUAUGGAAGCUAUCUGCUCAAGAGCAGAGCCUGAUCACUAGUGUUGUUUUUGUUGGCAUGCUCAUAGGAGCAUUUUCUUGGGGCCUUAUUUCUGAUAUUUAUGGACGGAGGAUAGGUUUCCUUUUUACAGCAAUAAUCACUGGUGUAGCUGGUUUUCUCAGUGCAUUUGCUCCCAAUUACAUUGCUUUGAUCGUCCUUCGUUUUCUUGUGGGGAUUGGGUUGGGAGGUGGACCUGUGCUCUCUGCUUGGUUUUUGGAGUUUGUUCCUUCACCAAAUAGAGGAGCUUGGAUGGUUGUUUUUUCAGCAUUUUGGUCCGUUGGUACUAUCCUUGAGGCAUCCCUUGCAUGGGCUGUAAUGCCUAAAAUGGGCUGGAGAUGGUUAUUGGCAUUAUCCUCUACGCCAUCAUUUCUUCUACUUUUGUUGUACUGGUUCACGCCCGAGUCACCAAGAUACCUCUGCAUGAAAGGAAAAACAACUGAUGCAAUGCAAGUUUUAGAGAGGAUGGCUAAGUGGAACCAUGUGUCACUUCCUUCUGGCAGACUUGUUUCUGAUCACAGUUGCGUGCCAGAUGAAAAUCCUGCAUCUUCUGCAGGCUUAGAUUCAAUCACAAUUCAAAGGCAUGACACAAACAUUGAUGAUAGUGAAUCAAAGAGAGGAGGGAUCACUUCAUUAUUUAGAAUUUUAUCACGAAAAUUACUCAGAACUACUCUUCUUCUAUGGAUGGUUAUCUUUGGUUGUGCAUUUGCGUAUUAUGGAAUCAUCUUGCUUACUUCUGAGUUAAGUAGUGGAAAUAAGAGAUGUUCAUCAAACAAGUUGCACUUGAAGUCAGAUGGUUCAGGCCUCUACAAAAAUGUUCUUAUCACCAGCUUGGCCGAGAUUCCGGGGCUUUUUAUAGCAGCUACCAUUGUGGACAGAAUUGGGCGCAAGUUGACUAUGUCGUCUAUGCUUUUUGUGAGUUGCAUUUUGCUAAUCCCACUGGUAUCUCAUCAAAAAGAAGUGCUAACAGUUGGGCUUCUAUUUGGCGCUCGGAUGUUAAUAUCAGGAAGCUUCACUAUUGUGUACAUAUAUGCUCCAGAGGUAUACCCUACUUCUACCAGGACGACUGGUGUUGGAGUUGCAAGUGCAGUGGGGAGGGUUGGUGGCAUUGUGUGCCCUCUGGUGGCCGUCGGACUUGUACAUGGCUGCCAUCAAACUGCAGCAGUUCUUUUGUUCGAACUUGUUAUAUUACUCGCAGCAGUGGCGAUCUGUUUCUUUCCAUUUGAAACAAGCAGACGUUAUUUGCUGGAUUCUGUACACAAUAUAAAAUAAAUCAUUCAGCAGUUUGUAGUUUCAGAUGUAGUCAGUCUCAUUCUGAUGGUCUAUGUUGACCUGAAUAAUAUUGUCCUGCUUCUGCUCAGAACUGUUGAAACCAGGACAAAGUUGUAUUUUAGAGAAGAAUGAGAAAACAUCAACUAAUGCACA